UCAAUUUAUUUUAUUGAUUAUUUUAUUGAUAAUUGAUAAUCGAAAUGUUUACUGUAAAAAAAAUUUUUAGCAAAAAUUUACAAAUUCCUUUAUAUAGAACUUGUACAGUAAAUUCAAAAAUAAUUGAAGUCACGAAAAAUGAUACAGAUAUUGCUACAAUAUCAAUGGCACAACCACCUGUAAACUGUUUAAAUAAAGAAUUAUUAAAUGCUUUAAAUACAUCUUUAAUGGAUGUACAGAAACAGAAAUGUCAAGGUGUUAUAUUAACAUCAUCAUUGUCAAAUAUAUUUUCAGCUGGAAUUGAUAUAAAAGAAAUGUAUAAUAGAACUGAAAAACAACUUAUUGAAUAUUGGACUACAAUGCAAAACACAUGGUUAACUUUAUAUAAUUUGGAAAUACCAAUAGCUGCUGCUAUUAAUGGUUCUAGUCCUGCUGGUGGAUGUUUAUUAGCAAUGUCUUGUGAAUAUAGAAUUUUAGUUGAAGGAAAACAUACCAUAGGAUUAAAUGAAACACAAUUGGGAAUCAUUGCUCCAGAAUGGAUGAAAGCUCUUUAUAUUGAUAUAAUAGGAUAUAGAAGAGCUGAAUUAGCACUUUUACAGGGAACAUUGUUUCAUCCAAAAGAAGCAUUAGAAAUUGGACUUGUAGAUGAAUUAGCUUCAAAUAAAGCAAAUGCAAUUGAAAGAUGUCAAAAUUACAUCAAAAGCUUUAAGAAUAUACCCUUUAAAGGAAGACAAAAAACAAAAAUGGAAUUAAGAAAACAUAAUUCAUCAUGGUUAAAAGCAAAUGCAAAUUCAGAUCUUAAUAAAUUUAUAACAUUUAUUCAAUCUCCAAAUGUACAAACUAAUCUAAAAUUAUACAUUGAAACUUUGCAAAAUAAAAAUUUUUAAUUCAAAAUUAAAAUUAAAAAUUAAUUAUGUAUAAAAAAAAAAUUUAAUAUAGAGCUUUUAUAAAAAUAAAUUUUCAUAUAAAAAUUU